CACACACACACACACCCUUUCACCCAACAGUCAGGCUGAAAUAAGUUUACUUCUGAAGAGUUUGCUGUCCAUGGACUCAGCCAUGGUUUUAUACUCGUUAUACGAGAGCCUAGAUUUAAAAAGCAGCUUGUUUUUGAUUUUUUUACUGCUGCUGCUCAUAGAUAUGAUCAGAAAUAAAAAUCCAGCAAAUUUUCCACCAGGACCCUGGCCAAUACCCAUCCUAGGAAAUGUCUUCACUGAUGUUAACUAUAAAACUGUGGACCAGCUAAUUGAGAAGUAUGGGAACAUCUUCAGCAUCAGAAAUGGAUAUGAUAAAACAGUGUAUGUGUCUGGGUUUAAAAUAGUUAAGGAGGUUUUGAUCACUCAAGGGGAAAACUUCAUCGACCGCCCUAUUUCGCCUUUAUUUGACACACUUUAUAAAGGCAGAGGGAUCUCCUUUAACAAUGGCUACUCAUGGAGGAAACAACAGCAGUUUGCCAUGAGUCACCUGAAAAACUUUGGAGAGGGGAGGAAGACUCUGGAAGAACAUAUUCAACGAGAGUGUUACUUCCUGUGUGAAGCCUUUAAAGAGGAGCAGGGCCACCCAUUUGACCCCCUGGUUAAAAUAAACAAUGCAGUGGCCAAUGUUAUCGGUAACCUGGUGUUCGGCCAUCGAUAUGAGUAUGAUGAUGUUGAUUUCCAGAAGCGUCUACAAAUGAGUGCCGAGUCAGUGUUUCUUACAGGAUCUGUGUGGAACCAGCUGUAUGAUGCCUUCCCAGGUAUAAUGAAGUGGUUGCCAGGACCUCAUCAGACAAUAAUCUCAAACUAUCAGAAGUUAUCAAACUUCCUGAAAGAAAAGGUCGAGCAACACAGACCAGACUGGGAUAGUGACAAUCCUAGAGAUUAUAUUGAUACCUACCUGACAGAAACUGAGAAGAGGAAGAAUGACAGCGAGGCAGGGUUUAAUAUUGGCAGUCUGGUGUGGAGCAUGGUGGACUUGUUUGAGGGUGGAACUGAAACAACAACCAACACACUCCGAUGGGUUUUGCUUUUUCUGAUCAAGUACCCUGACAUUCAAAAGAAGGUCAGAGCAGAGAUCCAGCAGGUGAUUGGCUCCCGUCCACCUACAAUGUCCGAUAAGGCAAACAUGCCUUACACCAACGCUUUCAUUCAUGAGGUUCUCAGGAAAGCAAACCUUGUGCCUCUUAAUAUGGCUAGAAAUGCGAGAAAGGACACAACCAUUGGUGGCUACUUGAUACCAAAGGGUACUGUGGUGAUCACUAAUCUGACAUCAGUGCUGUAUGACAAACAUGAAUGGGAAACACCAGACUCCUUUAAACCUGGACACUUUCUAGACUCGGAUGGCCAGUUCUGCAAAAGAGAUGCCUUUUUCGCCUUCUCAGCAGGCAAAAGGCGGUGUCCAGGAGAGUACCUCGCACACAUGGAGCUGUUCAUCUUCCUCACUGUCCUCCUUCAGACCUUCAGUUUCAGCCCUCCUUCUGGUGAGGAGCCCAGUCUGGAGAGCCAGGUGGGCUUCACACAAGCACCUCUACCAUUUAAGCUCUGCGCUCACACAAAAUGAAGGAGUGGGGAUGGAGUGUAUGCAGUGUGGCAACUUAUCUGCAAGAAAUCUCACCAUGGUUACAUCACGGAAAUAUCAGUAUGGUUACAUAAACUAAAGUGGUACAAAUUGAAUUUGUCAUUAAAAUGUUAUAAUGGCUUCAUGACAAGCAAUGUCAAAACCAACCACCUGACAGUUCAAUGUAAUGUUAACCAAUAAAGCUAGGUGUUUUUUAAGUUUGAUCUGUCAUGUGUAUGACAGUUUGUGUUGUCUUAGUAAUGUCAAGUUUUCAUGACAAAGACACUGACAGGUUAUGAUGUAUUGGUUUAUGUCAAGGUGUCAUUAUUAAAGGUGUCAUGUUAGUCUUAUGCACACCCUUUCAUGUAAAGUGUUACCAAAUAUGCUCCGGCCUUAAAAACAUACCUCCAGUCUGUCAAGUAAAGAAUUGGUUCUGACUGAAAACAGCCACGUUUGGUAAUUUACGCAUUAUUAACUUCCCUCCUACAGCAACUCUUGUAAUGUAUACAUUUUAAAUCAAUAUGAAUAUGUGCUUCUCAUUAGAUUUUGAUUUAAAAUAUAAAAUAAUUAAUACUUUUAUAGAGCAAGGAUGCAUUAUUUAGCUUACCCUGACUACCUGUAAUUGAAAAACUGAGGCGUUGUGUAUCUUUGUGAUUUUGCUCUACUUUAUCUUCUUUUCAAGCCUAGACAUGUAAUCUUUGCCUGAGUUACCAAUAGUGUACUUGAUUGAUUGAUUUGCAAGCAAUAAAACAUUCAUUCAAUCUA